AUGCAACAAAAACUCGUUUUCCUUUCUUGCGUCGCUGCUGCCCUCGCCGCCUCCAACACUCCUGACGUCCUUGGCGGCGCCGAGACCUCUUACACCGGCUCCUUGGCCCUGGCUUACUACUCGGCUCUUAACUCCUUCUACGGCCAGCCUUCUGUCGCUGCUGCUUUGUCUGCCGCCGAGACCAUUGCCUCUGACAACACCAAGGCUUACAACUCGUGGAUCGCCUCUUUCUACGGCACCUACAACGCCCAGCUCCAGAGCAUUGCCUCUGAGCACGCUGACGUCUUCACCCAGAAUGGUCUUGAAACCGGCUCUGUCUCCAUCCCAACCGACGACGACUCGGCUAUUUCUGCCUUUUUGGGUUCUGCCACCGCUGGCGGCUCGGCCUCGAACGUUGUGUCCAGCAUUGCAUCUGCCCAGCUGAAGGUCACUGGCUCUGCUUCUGGCUCUGGCUCUGGCUCUGCCGCCAAGUCCUCCGGCUCCGGCUCUGACUCCAAGUCCUCCGGCUCUGGCUCUGGCUCUGACUCCAAGUCCUCCGGCUCUGGCUCUGCCUCCAAGUCCUCUGGUUCCGGCUCCGCUUCUGGCUCUGGUUCUGCCUCGGGCUCUGGCUCCAACUCGGCCUCUAGCUCUGGCUCCAACUCUGGCUCGAGCUCCUCUACUGACAAUGCCGGUGCCCGCUCCGGCUCCUACAUGGCCGCUGGCGGUGUUGCUGGUGUCGUUGCCCUUGCCUUGUUGUAA